GACAAGUAACGAUGGCAGCGAAGUGGGCUUGCGGUCUUUCAAACUCAGUGUUGAGUUUAGCUGUAAGCAAAGACAGAAUCGUUGCCUCCGGGACGGAGGGUGGAGCGCUAACUCUGUGGAGCGAGGAGGGACGCCCCAUCGGAAAGCUGCAGCUCAAUGAAGAAGAUGUCACUGGUAUUGCGUUCUCCCCGCUGUGCUCCAGUAGAUGCUACGUGUCCCACGGGGAGACGCUGAGUGUGCUGGACACAAGGGCAUUUAAAGAACCCGUCGAGGACUUCAGGGUUAACAAAGAAGAAAUAAACUGCAUUUCCGUCAAUGAAAAAGAUAGCCUCCUGGCGGCCGCUGAUGAUUCUGGGACGGUAAAAGUGCUGGAUCUGGAGACUAAGAAAGUCAGUAGGACGCUCCAGAGACACACAAAUAUCUGCUCGUCGGUUGUUUUUCGACCUCACAGGCCUCAGAAUCUUCUGACGUGCGGACUAGACAUGCAGGUUAUGCACUGGAGUGUGCAGAAAGCGCGGCCUUUGUGGAUCACGGAUCUCCAGCAGUUGGCUCGUGAUGAAGAAGGUGGGGAAAACCAGAAUGCCCAAGGACAACUCUUCAAUCCACCGCUGGCCCAUUCUUUGUCGGUGGCUGCCUGCGGGAACGUCUUUUGCUGUGGAGCAGAGGAUGGAAACAUCCGAGUUUUCCGCGUAACUGGGACUCAGUUUGAGGAGGAAUUAUGCUUUAAAGGCCAUACUCAGGGUGUGUCUCAAGUUUCAUUUCUAGAUCAGGAAUCAAGUGAGAGUAUUUUACUGUCGGGUGGUAAUGAUGGCAGAGUUUGUCUCUGGGAUAUUGACAGAGAAAGCACAAAGCAACAGAAUCAGACGCCUACAAAGCACCGUCAUCAUAGAAAGUCUGGUGCAUCUCACUCCAAGACAAGGCAUUCUGCUCACCAAGCUACAGACAUUGUUCAGAGGCUAAGUCCCAAGAUGUGUAUUGAACACGGGGAAAAGAUCAACUGGAUCAUAGGUGCAGAGCUAGAGAAAUCCAGAAAAGUUUUAGUGGCUGAUCUGAGUUGUGAGAUAACUGUGUAUCCCCUAGGAGAACUUUAGGAAAAUGUAGCGUUGUGCUUUUGUUCUUGGGUGAAAUGUCAUUUAAAUACAGUGCUUACAGAGGGGCGUGCACGGGUUGGGGUGUAUCCGCUUUGUGGAUUGCGUAUUCCAUUACUGUAUGAGAAGGCAUGUUUUGUAGUGAAAUGGUGCAUUAUGGAGCUUUUUUCAUAAGGGGCAUUUCAGUGUCUUUGGUGGAGAUGCCCUCACAGCUUUUUGCAUAACCAGAUGAGUUAAUACUUUUUUUUGCAUUUGCUUGUUUUGGGAUAAUUUUGCUUAAAAGUAAGUGGCUAUUUUACCCUUGGGAGCCAGGAUAUAUGGGAAACUGCUAUAAAUAAUCAAUUUUCUGCAGUUAUCACCAUUCUUCUCACCAAAAACUAUAAAGGCUGCCAGAACUUAACUGUUGAUUCUCUAGUUAUUAAUCAUUUUGUUCCACCAUGUUUCAUGGCCAUUCGCAACGUGCUUUCUCUAUCUAUAAUGCAGCAUCAGUCCUGACACGGGCAGAACAGUGAAGUGUCAAACGGCUUCGAUCCUUGUGCCAUGUCAUAUAAAAUUCAUUUAAUUAAAGUUUUAAUGACCAUUUA